AUGGCUUCAAAGCAGUUCAAGAACUGCGAUGGGACUUGUCAGUACCAGGCCGAGCAUGCUAUUCUAUUCCGUGGAAAGAGCGAGGCUUUUAUAAAGGCCGUUCAUGAUACUGACCGUCGCCGAUUACAAAUCCAGCGCGAUACUGUUGAGCGCCAGGCCGUAGAGCAGAAGCCAGGAGGUGAACAUCAGGGUUCUCCAUCUAAUGACAAUACCCGCCGUAGUCAAGACAGUGAAGAGACACGCGAGCACCUCGGGGCACUUGCAGAGCUUGAAGCCGGUAAGGCCCAGGCUGAAAAACAGAUGUAUCAUGCAGAGGAGGAAGGAGCAGACCAUAUGCCUGUAUUGCCGCCAAGAAACAACCAACACGUCGAGGGUGACUACAAACCUCGGCAACAUCGACCAUUUCGUGAGCAACCUCGAGAUUGGAUUCGAGAAGCCGACGAACUUGAGGAUACUAUAGGCUCUGCCUCUGGCACUCGUUACUAUCGUUCAUGA